GUGCAGCGGGGCCGGCGAGGCGGCGCUGGGCGCUCUGGGCGGCCGCUGCGUUUCGGGGCCUGGGAGCCGUGGGAGGAGCCGGCGGUCUCACCGUGGUAACCGCAGCGCCGCCGCGGCCCCGCCUUGCAGGCCUCGGGACUGUCACCGCCUUCGGGCCGGGAGACUUUGGCCAGGGUUUCCGGAUACAGCCCCGCCGGCCUGUCUUCCCACGCCGUCGUCGCCGCCGCCAUGCAGGGGGAGGACGCCAGAUACCUCAAAAGGAAAGUUAAAGGAGGAAAUAUUGAUGUACAUCCAUCAGAAAAAGCACUCAUUGUUCAGUAUGAGGUCGAAGCCACCAUUCUCGGGGAGAUGGGGGACCCCAUGUUGGGGGAACGAAAAGAAUGCCAGAAAAUCAUUCGUCUGAAGAGCCUCAAUGCCAACACAGACAUAACUUCCCUGGCGCGGAAGGUGGUGGAAGAAUGCAAGCUCAUCCAUCCCUCGAAGCUGAACGAGGUGGAGCAGCUGCUGUACUACCUGCAGAACCGCCGCGACUCCCUGUCAGGCAAAGAAAAAAAAGAGAAGUCAAGCAAGCCUAAAGAUCCACCUCCUUUUGAAGGAAUGGAGAUUGAUGAAGUUGCCAACAUCAAUGACAUGGAUGAAUACAUCGAGUUAUUAUAUGAAGAUAUUCCCGACAAGGUUCGGGGCUCUGCUUUGAUCCUGCAACUUGCUCGAAAUCCUGAUAACCUGGAAGAACUGCUAUUAAAUGAAACCGCCCUGGGAGCGCUGGCCAGAGUCCUGAGGGAAGACUGGAAGCACAGCGUGGAGUUGGCCACGAACAUCAUCUACAUCUUCUUCUGCUUCUCCAGCUUUUCUCAGUUUCAUGGACUUAUCACUCACUAUAAAAUCGGAGCUUUGUGUAUGAAUAUCAUUGAUCAUGAAUUGAAAAGACAUGAGCUUUGGCAAGAAGAACUUUCUAAGAAGAAGAAAGCCGUUGAUGAAGACCCCGAAAACCAGACCUUGAGGAAAGAGUAUGAAAAAGCCUUUAAAAAGUACCAGGGGCUUGUGGUAAAACAGGAACAGCUCUUACGAGUCGCCCUGUACCUGCUCCUGAACCUGGCGGAGGACACGCGCACGGAGCUGAAGAUGCGCAACAAGAACAUCGUGCACAUGCUGGUGAAGGCGCUGGACCGCGACAACUUCGAGCUGCUCAUUCUCGUCGUGUCCUUCCUGAAGAAACUCAGCAUUUUUAUGGAGAAUAAAAAUGACAUGGUGGAGAUGGAUAUUGUUGAAAAGCUGGUGAAAAUGGUCCCUUGCGAGCAUGAAGACCUGCUGAAUAUCACACUCCGGCUUCUGCUGAACCUGUCCUUUGACACAGGACUGAGGAAUAAGAUGGUGCAAGUCGGACUGCUCCCCAAGCUCACUGCUCUCUUAGGCAACGAAAGCUACAAGCAGAUCGCCAUGUGCGUCCUCUACCACAUCAGCAUGGACGACCGCUUCAAGUCCAUGUUCGCGUACACGGACUGCAUCCCGCAGUUAAUGAAGAUGCUCUUUGAGUGCUCCGACGAGCGGAUUGACUUGGAGCUGAUCUCCUUCUGCAUUAACCUUGCGGCGAACAAGAGGAAUGUGCAGCUCAUCUGCGAAGGAAAUGGGCUGAAGAUGCUCAUGAAGAGGGCUCUGAAGUUCAAGGACCCGCUGCUGAUGAAAAUGAUCAGGAACAUUUCGCAGCACGACGGGCCAACUAAAAACUUAUUUAUUGAUUAUGUUGGGGAUCUUGCAGCCCAGAUCUCCAAUGAUGAAGAGGAGGAGUUUGUGAUUGAGUGUUUGGGAACACUUGCAAAUCUGACCAUUCCAGACUUAGACUGGGAAUUGGUUCUUAAAGAGUACAAGCUGGUUCCGUACCUCAAGGACAAACUAAAACCAGGGGCUGCGGAGGAUGACCUGGUGCUGGAAGUGGUGAUAAUGAUCGGAACGGUGUCCAUGGACGACUCGUGCGCCGCCCUGCUGGCCAAGUCUGGGAUCAUCCCUGCGCUCAUCGAACUGCUGAAUGCUCAACAAGAAGAUGACGAAUUUGUCUGCCAGAUAACUUACGUCUUCUACCAGAUGGUCUUCCACCAGGCCACGAGAGACGUCAUCAUUCAGGAGACGCAGGCCCCCGCGUACCUCAUCGACCUGAUGCACGACAAGAACAAUGAGAUCCGAAAGGUCUGCGACAACACGCUGGACAUCAUAGCGGAGUACGAUGAAGAGUGGGCUAAGAAGAUUCAGAGCGAGAAGUUCCGCUGGCAUAACUCCCAGUGGCUGGAGAUGGUGGAGAGCCGCCAGCUGGACGAGAGUGAGCAGUACGUGUACGGGGAUGACCGAAUCGAGCCGUACAUCCACGAAGGGGACAUCCUCGAGAGACCCGACCUUUUCUACAACUCAGACGGGCUAAUCACCUCUGAAGGAGCCCUCAGCCCAGACUUCUUCAACGACUACCACCUUCAGAACGGAGACGUGGUUGGGCAGCACGCGUUCCCUGGCAGCCUUGGAAUGGACGGCUUCGGCCAGCCAGUGGGCCUGCUGGGGCGCCCGGCCACGGCGUACGGCUUCCGCCCGGAUGACCCUUACUACUACGGCUUCGGGCCUCGGUGAAGGCCUUCCCCUCCGUGCGCACGCGUAGCUUAGAGGAAACCUGUGGGGGUUGGGUUGGCUUUGAAUGGGGGGCUAAUAAUGCAUGUUGAUGCUAGUGCGGGUCUGUGCUUCUUUCCUUUUUCCGUGGUGUCAGCGGCAGACUGACUCCGCCCCCUGGGCUCGUGCCGCGGGCAGCGGUGCUCGCCCCCGCUCCCGCACCAAACCGCCUCGGGGUGCUGGAGAGCGUCCCCCACCCCGAGACUCCAAGCGAACCCCGAAAAGCAACUAGACUGGAAAACAAACACUGCAUUAUGUAUAUUAGGUAACUAAUUUAAUUUCCAUUAAAAAGAAGCAUAAAGUACAAAUGAAUGAGAGAA